AUGUCGUCGGAAUCCUCGACGGCGGCGGGCUCGGGGUCUGCGGAGGCAGCCCCGUCAGAGAAGCCGGUGAUGGUGGUGGCGAUCGACGAGAGCGAGCACAGCUACUACGCGCUGCGGUGGACUCUUCAGCACUUCUUCACCAACGCCCAGCACGUUCCCCCUCAUUUCUCCCUCGUCCUUGUCCACGCAAAGCCUUCCGCAGCCUCCGCAAUCGGCUUUGGCGGCCCCGGUCAGUGAUUGCCCUACCUUACAUCAUCUCACUUGAUUACCAGUCUGCUCCUCCUCAUCCGCCAUUGAUUGAGCGCGUAGAAGAGGGGGAGGGGGUUCUUGUUUGAGUUACAAUGGAAGCUGGUGGCUGUUUACGCCUUGAAAUUGAUGUGAUUCUCUGGAUUUAGUUUAGCAGGAGGAGCGGAAAUACUGACAUUCGUGGAGUCGGAUCUCAAGAAGAUCGCUGCCAGGGUCGUCGAGAAGGCCAAGCAGAUCUGCAUCGCCGGAUCGGUAACGAUUCCCAAAUGUUUGUUCAAACUACGCUUUUCCAUGAUUGAUUUGCAUUAUUUUUUAGAUGAAUCCGCAGCACGUUACUGCCUUCUUCAUCGGUGUCCAUGCUCUCUCUCUCUCUCUCUCUCUCUCUCUCUCACUCUCACCCCCCUACCCCACAGAAUGGAGUAUUAACUUUGCAUUAUCGAUAAUCUCCCAUUUUCCUUGUUAAUUUCUCCUUUCUGUGAUCAAUUCUGUUCACUUGGGAAUCAAUAAUGUGCGGAAGACAUCAAGCUGCUCGAGUGCCUGAGAAUUACGUUCACAUACUAUAUUCUUUAAUACUCUAGUAUACUUUGACAAGCAGUGAUGUGUAGAAAUCCUCAACCCAUUGUGAGGUAGCUAUUCUUUUCAUGAUAUACUAAAUAAAGUUGGACCGUGUUUUAGUAUGAAAUCAUAACGCCAGGAUCAACUUACCCUCCUGGUUCAUCAAAUCAGGCGCAUGCCUGCUUCAAUUUGGCAAUCAGUUACAUUUGGAAAUUUUGUCAAUUUUUUCUUACCCUUUUGUGGGCCUCAAGUUCCAAAAUGAAACUAAAUCCUAUACUGCGGUUAGAUCGAUCCAACUCAUAUGAACCCACUCCAUAUUUUCCGGUCAUUGGUGUUGGAUUCUAAUUGAUAGUGAAUUGAUAUCCUUUCUGUAUGAAUUUCCUUUGUGAGAAGUUUUGAUUGUUUUGGUUAGCUUUUCAUCAGGAUCUGGAGUGGAAAUCUUCAUUGGUUCUUUUCCCCCCUGGCAUGGUGGAAACCCUUUCAAACUUUGUGCGUGAAUAUUAAAUAACCGAGGGCUGAAAUGUAUAAUUUUUUGUUUCUUUCCUCCUAUUUUUCUCUUAUUUCAUUUUCUUAAUUUCACCGCUGCAUCAUCUCAUUCAACAGGACCAUGUGGGUUUGUGCUGUGAUUAUGUAAUGAUGCAGUAGCGAGGGGUCCUAAAUAGAUAUUAUAAAAAUGAAAUAAGAGAAAAAUAAGAGGAAGAAAGUGCGUUUGUGCUGCGAUUAUGUAAUGAAUUAUUUUUUUCUGGUUACUGGGUAAAUAAAUUUUACUGACAACGACGGGAGUUGGUUUUUUAGCAUCGAUGGAAGGCCGUUUUAGAGGAAAUUUAAACUAGGAAGGUAAAAAGUUGCCAGGAAGAAUCUGUACCUCUGCUUUCUGCUGUUAUCCUUCUGUUUUUAGAACAGGGGAGGUGAUUCCCCUGUUCUAAAAAGGAUAUGUAGUUUAUACUUGAAGCAACAAGAUCAGGUUCAAGUGAAGCCGGAUUUCAUCUCGUUGCUCUACUUUAUUUGUGAAGCGCGGUUUCUAUUCGCCACUAAUCAUUCGGACAUUUUUGUUGUGCCUUCAGGUGAACGAUGUGGUAGUUGAAGUGGUGGAUGGUGAUGCGAGAGUUGUCCUCUGUGACACCGUAGAAAAGCAUCAAGCAUCUAUGCUCGUCCUGGGUAGCCAUGGCUAUGGAACGAUUAAAAGGUCUGCGUUCCUUGGUUUUAUUGAAAUUAUGAGCUGCAUAAUAAGAAGAUGCUGCUCAGGUUCUUUUCUUCGGGCAUCCCCCCAGUAAUAACCCAUAUAAAGAACCCACCCUGGAAGAAAAUGAGAGGCUAUAGAAAGCUCCAGGAGAUAAUUUAUUGCACAGAAAAGGAAAUGUUGGAAUGAUCUAUGCUUGGAUAAUAAGGCAAAGAAAACUUGCCGGCACUCAAUUUCUCGGGCAACUGCUGCAUUUACAUAAAAUUGAGCAUCAGAUAUGACUACUUGAGGAAUAUUUUGCGUGAUUUUUACCUGUUCUAGGAAAACCCCAUUCAUGAGAUUUUGCCAAGAUGGGGAUGAAAGAAGAAACUUUCCUCUUUUUUUUUUCUUAUAUUUUUCUGCUGCUCAACUCUCUCUCGAUCACCCCUGCAGGGCUGUGUUGGGCAGCGUCAGCGACUACUGUGCACACCACGCCCACUGCACCGUGAUGAUAGUGAAGAAGCCCAAAACCCAGAACUGA